AUAUUUCGGUUCUAAUCUCUCCAGAAAGAAAGGGAGAAAUAACUCCACACGGACAGCGAAUUUGACACACUUUCAAGUUGAGAUCUUUCAUCCAAAUUCCUCUCGAUCGAGCUUGUGGCAGGGCUCUGGAAUGACGGAGUGUGCCGAGAAUUUGAAUUAGCUCGCCGUUAGUUUGAAGAAAGAGUGAGUCGGGGUAGAGAGAGAGUGAGAGAGAGAGAGAGGAGCCAUUUUGUCCCGACUGUGUGGGAGAAAAGAAAGAGUGGAAAAGAGGAAUCACACGGGAGGAGAUCCUAUUUUUGCUUUCUGUUCUCAUGCUGUAAGGGGGAAAACAGUUGGGCUCGGGAAAUAUCUUCUCGGACACGUCUACGGACACGUUAUUUGGGUGGUAUUUAGCCAACUAGCUCGCCAAGCUAAUCAACAAAUCCCAGAUUGUUAACUGUUAACAGUCAAGAGGAGCGGGGCGGUUGGUCGGUUUGGCGAAGGAGCUGGCUUUAGACUUCACAUAGGCGUGCCAGAUUAUCCGUUUAUUGUAUCUAUCUGGGUAAACACAAGCUGUUUUUCAAUGGCGAAGAAGACGUACGACUUGCUGUUCAAGCUGCUUCUGAUCGGAGACUCGGGCGUGGGGAAGACCUGUGUGCUGUUCCGCUUCUCUGACGACGCCUUCAACACAACCUUCAUCUCCACCAUAGGAAUAGACUUCAAGAUCAAAACUGUUGAAUUACAAGGAAAGAAGAUCAAACUACAGAUCUGGGACACAGCGGGUCAGGAAAGGUUCCACACCAUCACCACCUCCUACUACAGAGGAGCCAUGGGCAUCAUGCUGGUCUACGACAUCACCAACGCCAAGAGCUUCGAAAACAUCAGCAAAUGGCUGCGCAACAUUGAUGAGCAUGCAAAUGAGGACGUUGAGCGGAUGCUGCUAGGCAACAAGUGUGACAUGGAGGACAAGAGGGUCGUACCAAAAGCCAAGGGGGAGCAGAUUGCGAGGGAGCACGGCAUUAGGUUUUUUGAGACAAGUGCUAAGGCCAACAUCAACAUCGAGAAGGCUUUCCUCACGUUAGCAGAAGACAUCCUCAGAAAGACGCCUGUAAAAGAGCCCAACAGUGAAAACGUCGACAUCAGCAGCGGAGGUGGAGUCACAGGCUGGAAGAGCAAGUGCUGCAGUUGAACAACUCUCCUCUGUUUCACUCACACUAACGCACACAAACACACAAGCACAGACAGACAUACACAUAUUCUCUCUCUCUCUAAUUGCUAACUCUAACUCUCUCGCCCUCUAACCUGUCUCAAGAGUUUUUCUCGCACACUGACACAGUCUCUUUAUCAGAAUAAAACAAUAAACCACUCGUCUAACCCCCCCUUCCUCCUCCUCCUCCAACACCCCUCCACCCCCCCCACACACACCUCACCAUAUUCUUCCAUCUGAUGAUCAUUUUUAUUUCUGAUAAAAAGAGAAAUCCAGUCACGUUUGUUGUCAUUUGUUUUAAAGGUUGUUUAAAAAAAGAAAAAAAAAAAAGAAAAAGGAAAAAGUGUGAAAAGACAAGCUCAUAUUUUUAAUAUUUCCUUUGCCUGAGCUCACCUGGUUGGACACCCUCACCCCCUCCACCCCUUUAUCCCCCUCCCACAGCACUCACCUUCAGUCAGAGGAAAUAAAAAAAAAAAUCUAAAAAGACAAACGUAGGAUUAACAUUUUGUACAUUUAGUGAGGUUUCUGUUGUCUAACCGUAUUCGGUCAUUUACAGUUUGUUACCAAGUGACAGAGGCGUGGCCAGCUCCUUUUGUAUGUGGGGGUUUAUUUUGUCCUGUGCCUUAUAUGGAAGACGGGGGCGGGGCUGUGUGGUGGGCGGAGCCACAUCCACCCAAUGAAAUUACAGUUUAAAUAUCUGUCGGUUCAGGCUGUCGUCACGGAGACACCGAACUGACGCAGAAACGUUUGAAUUUCUCCUCCAGCCAAGAGAACGGCAUUAUACAGUAUGUCCUGUUUAUUGAUGUUUUAUUUUUGUCUGUAUGAUUUAUUUUACUUUUAUUUUUUUCCCUAUUUGGGUUGAUUUUUUUUUUUUUCCUGCAUGCAGAUUUCUUUGGGUUGGAAGCGUUUCUGUAACCUUGUGUAACGUUUGCCACUGGGUAACUGUGGGCGGGAGGAGGUACAGAAGUUCUCUUUGGAAAUUCAAACAAUUUUGCAGAUCCAUUAAAAAUAAGCUUGUUUAAGUUAA